AUGGCGACACUCAUUAUUGCAAUCGUUAUGGGAAUCAUUGCGACACAUAUGGCAGCCACGACAGCGACCGCCUCGAUCGAGCCAUCAUCGACGUUUGUAGAUGCAACUCCGCAAAUAACAACAUCGGCGAUUGAAUCUUCUUUAGGAAUUUCAUCGUCAGUUCCUGCCGUGAAUUCUGAAAAUACAUUCAUCACACCAUCUGCGACGCUUGGGUCUGAACCAUCAACUACUCACCCGCCACCAGAUGAAAAAAAAAUAGCCUAUGACAACGCAGUUGACACAUUGUGUAACAUAUAUGAUACCUGGAACUGUACAGAGGUCACCUGCCCGAAAGAAGAUCAACAGCCUGUCGACAAUGAAUAUUGCAGAUACAUCAAGGAACUUGUACGUCAAAUGAAGGAGGCCGACUGUAACAACAAAAGUGAAACUGCGCUAACAGAGCCUUUCAAGGUAUACACGAUACAAGACCCCACCUGCACUGGAUGUAUUGCUCAGAUGUCGUUGAUCUUGCUGAUGUUCGCUCUUUUUAUCCCUGCAAUUAAAUGUACACAGUAG